AUGUUCACGACCGCUGCGCAAUUACUGGAUUUGACAGACAAAAAGCUACUGGUCUCUCUCCGCGACGGCAGGAAGCUCAUCGGAGUGCUAAGAAGCUGGGAUCAAUUUGGAAAUCUCGUGCUUCAGGACACCAUCGAGCGAUUCUUCGUGAAAAAUCUAUAUGCGGAUAUCGAGCGUGGACUGUUCUUGGUCCGAGGAGAGAAUGUCCUCCUUCUUGGGGAGAUUGACCUCGACAAAGACGAUUACGUCCCUGCCCCAUACGAGGCCGCACCAGUGGAAACUGUGUUUGCGAUGAAGAAGGCAGAAGACAAGGAGAAUCAAAAAACCAACCAAUCGCGGCAAAAGAAGCUAGCUGAACUGGGCUUCGAGGGCGAACAUGCCGGAGAGGUCAUAUUUUGA